AUGUCAACUCUCAACCAUCUGCUCGAUUUGCAAGGACAAAUUUGUUACGUUCAAUGUGGCUAUUGCACCACCAUUUUACUGGUGAAUGUACCAUAUAGCAGCUUAUCAGCCGUGGUAACAGUAAGAUGUGGCCACUGUACUAGCCUUCUUUCAGUAAACAUGACGAGUGCCUCAUUUCUCCCUCUCCAUCUCUUCGCUCCAUUCGAUCAAUCUGAUCAGUCAACAACACAAGUUUGCCCCCAGGAAACAGAUGUUAAUGCUGAUGAUCAUAAAGGUUUAGACAUGCAGAUUCCAUCUCACGUUGUCUCAUCACCCGAUGAGGAAGAGGGGGAAACCCAAGCAAUCAACAAGCCCCCAGAGAAAAGACAACGUGCUCCAUCAGCCUACAAUCGCUUCAUUGGGGAAGAGAUACAGAGACUGAAGGCAAUAAAUCCAACCAUGACUCACAAGCAAGCUUUUAGUAGGGCAGCUAAAAGUUGGGCUCAUCUUCCACUUGGUCUGCAGAAAGAAGGCGAGAGCCAAGCUGGGAAAGAUGAUGAUGCAUCAUUCCAGUCUUCAAGAGGUUUCAAAACUACACCAUGA